AUGGGGUCGUGGAGGCAAGCAGGGUUGGGGAGGGAGAGCACAGCAAGUGGAGAAGGGCCAUCGUGGGGCUACAGGCCAGGGCCAGGAGGGCCAGAUGUUGUCCUCAGCUCUGCUGCUGGCCAUGCAGCUCAGCCGUGCGGGGGCCGCCUGAACUCCAAGGACGCUGGGUACAUCACAUCCCCGGGGUACCCCAAUGACUACCCCUCCCACCAGAACUGCGAGUGGGUCAUCUAUGCCCCUGAAUCCAACCAGAAGAUUAUCCUCAACUUCAACCCUCACUUUGAAAUCGAAAAGCACGACUGCAAGUAUGACUACAUCGAGAUCCGAGAUGGGGACAGUGAAGUGGCAGACCUGCUGGGCAAGCACUGUGGGAACAUAGCACCUCCUACCAUCAUCUCUUCUGGCCCCUCUCUCUAUAUCAAGUUCACCUCGGACUAUGCACGGCAAGGUGCCGGCUUCUCCCUGCGCUAUGAGAUCUACAAGACAGGCUCUGAGGACUGCUCCAGAAACUUCACUGCCUCCAACGGCACUAUUGAGUCUCCAGGUUUCCCUGACAAGUAUCCACACAAUCUGGACUGUGUCUUCACCAUCAUAGCCAAGCCAAAGACAGAAAUCCUCCUUCACUUUCUGCUCUUUGAUCUCGAGCACGACCCGCUGCAGGCAGGGGAAGGAGACUGCAAGUACGACUGGCUGGAUAUCUGGGAUGGCAUCCCUCAGGUUGGCCCCUUGAUAGGCAGGUACUGUGGCACUAAGAUGCCGUCAGACAUCCGCUCAACCACCGGUGUCCUCUCACUCACCUUCCACACAGACCUGGCAGUGGCUAAAGAUGGUUUCUCUGCUCAGUACUACUUGAUCCAGCAAGAAGUCCCAGAAAACUUCCAGUGCAACGUGCCACUGGGGAUGGAGUCUGGCAGGAUCUCCAACAUGCAGAUCAGUGCCUCCUCCACCUACUCAGAUGGGCGAUGGACCCCUCAACAGAGCCGGCUCAACAGUGAUCACAACGGCUGGACCCCCAAUGUAGACAGCAACAAAGAGUACCUCCAGGUGGACCUCCACUUCCUGACUGUGCUCACAGCCAUUGCCACACAGGGUGCCAUCUCCAGAGAAACCCAGAAUGGCUACUACGUCCGUACCUACAAGCUGGAGGUCAGCACCAAUGGGGAGGACUGGAUGAUGUACCGACAUGGGAAAAACCACAAGACAUUUCAGGCCAACGAGGAUGCCACGGAGGUGGUUCUCAACAAGAUCCACAGCCCGGUGCUCACACGUUUUGUGCGCAUCCGUCCCCAGAGCUGGCACAACGGCAUUGCCCUGAGGCUGGAGCUGUAUGGCUGCCGCAUCACUGAUUCACCUUGCUCCAACUUGCUGGGAAUGCUUUCUGGCCUCAUUCCUGACUCACAGAUCUCAGCCUCUUCCAUCAGAGGCUACGACUGGUCUCCCAGCAUGGCCCGCCUGGUGAGCAGCCGCUCAGGCUGGUUUCCCCGCAUCCCCCAAGCCCAGCCUGGGGAGGAGUGGCUGCAGGUAGACCUUGGCGUGCCGAAGAAUGUCAGAGGCGUCAUUAUCCAGGGGGCUCGCGGAGGGGACAGCGUGACCGCCACUGAGUCCCGCUCCUUUGUGAAGAAGUUUAAGGUGGCCUAUAGCAUGAAUGGAAAGGACUGGGACUUCAUCCAGGACCCCAAAACAAUGCAAGCCAAGCUUUUUGAAGGCAACAUCCACUACGAUAUCCCUGAAGUCCGGAGGUUUGACCCUGUUCCUGCCCAGUACGUCCGAGUGCACCCGGAGAGGUGGUCCCCAGCAGGAAUAGGAAUGCGCCUGGAGGUGCUGGGCUGCGACUGGACAGAUGUAAAGCCCACUGCAGAGACACUGGUGCCCACUUUGAAGAGUGAAGAGACCACUACCCCAUACCCAACUGAUGAAGAGACAACCGAGUGUGGUGAUAACUGUGGAGAAGAGGAGGAUUUCCACCUCCCUGUGAACUUCAGCUGCAACUUUGAUCUCCCUGAAGACCUGUGUGGUUGGUCACAUGACUUGGCAACAGGUUAUACAUGGUCUUUUCAGCCUACAAGCACCUGGAUUGGCAACUCUGAACCAAGCCCUGAGACUGUGCCUGGCAGCAAGCAUUACCUGCAGCUGCAGAGCAAUGGAAGGAGAGAAGGCCAGCGAGCCCGGCUCAUCAGCCCCACCAUCUAUCUACCCCGGAGCGCUGUCUGCAUGGUCUUCCAGUACCAGGCGUGGGGCAGCAAUGGGGUGAUGCUGCGGGUCUGGCGGGAAGCCAGCCAGGAGCACAAGGCGCUGUGGGUCAUCAUGGAGGACCAAGGGAAGGAGUGGAGGGAAGGCCGCAUCAUCUUGCCAAGCUACGACAUGGAGUACCGAAUUGUGUUUGAGGGAUUUAUACGCCACGGCCUCUCAGGAAAGGUCGCCCUUGAUGACAUCCGGCUAGGCACCGACAUCCCGCUGGAGAACUGCAUGGAACCCAUCACAGCUUUCCCAGUGAACUUCCCAAGAAUGGAGGAUGACUUUCCAAUCUCUGAGCAAGACUUUGAAGACAACAGUGAUCCAGAUUACUUUGGAUCGGAUAGGAACGACACACUGUUCUCUACUAACUCUCCAGGAACCCCGAAGCUGGACAAAGAAAAAAGCUGGCUCUACACCCUGGAUCCCAUCCUGGUGACCAUCAUAGCAAUGAGCUCCCUUGGCGUCCUCCUCGGGGCCAUCUGCGCUGGUCUGCUCCUCUACUGCACAUGCUCGUAUGCUGGGCUGUCCUCGCGGAGCUCCACCACGCUGGAGAACUACAACUUCGAGCUGUAUGAUGGCAUCAAGCACAAGGUCAAGAUGAACCACCAGAAGUGCUGCUCAGAGGCCUGAUGGGUGCCCUGGGGAUCACCCUCGGUGUUGCACCCGGUGAGGUGGGCUGGCGGGGGGUACUUUUUUUGCUGUUUUCUAUGGGAACUGAAUGCCAUAACGGGGAAGGAGGGGUGCGGGAGGAGCGAGGGGAGGCGCUGCUCCUGCCACCAGGUCCCCACUGGCAGGUCGCACUCCGCCAGGACUGAGUGGGCUUUCCCACAAACUGGACUGUGCUGGACGAGGGGGGAACCGAGACCCUUGUUUGCUGGUUCAUCUUCAUUUUCUGCUGAUGAGAGUGACUGGGACAUGGGAAGGGAGACUGGUUUACCUUUUGGAUGUGAGAAACUAAAUGUUGAUUGUUAUCUCCUUUCUCUGGUGAGUUGCUGAGAAGGCUGAGGGAUUUCUUCAGCCACCCUGUCUUUAGAAAUAACACACACACAUGGAGACCCUGUCCAUUUUAGACCCCAUCCAGAUACUGUUUUGGCUGUAGGAUUUGUGCACUUCACACUAAGUCCAGGAAGCUGCAGUUUCCAGUCCUGAAAAUGGAAGCAUGUUGUUAUCUUCAACUUUUCUUCUCCUGGUAGGGGCGAAAGGUGGGAUGUUGGCUUUAGUGUCAAUGGUAACAACAACGCUUUCUAAAAUCAUUAAGAAAUAAAAUAGAAAGGAAACCCUAUGUGUAGAAGCACCUCUUUGAGCGAAGCUGAAGAGCCUUAAAGUGAUUUGUGAAUAAGAGCCAUUUAUUAAAUCCAGAUCUUGGAUUGCAACAGCUGAGGCCUUCAUCAGGAAGGCCUUUCUUUGAAUCUCCCACCCCUCUUGACCCUGGCCUUUUUCUUUUUGCUAUAAUGAGAAAAUUGCAGCAAACAAAAGAUAGAGCGUGUCAGGCUGCCAGCGCUCAGGUGACAGCUUUGGGAAAGGGGCUUCACUUGGUUUGACUUGAGACACAGUCCCAAGGCCUCUCCAAAGUGCCAGGGAGGGAAAAUGAAGAGGGAAGGAGGCUGGAGCUGCGCCCACGGCCCCAGCAUCCCGGCCACGGUGCCCACCAACCCCCCUCAUCUUCCCGUUGCUCCCCUUCUCCCUGGACCUGGGGGGCAUGAGCUGGCUCCAUCAUCACCACUGGACCAAACGGCUGCCACUGUAUCCCCUUUGGAGCAAAGCUGCACUGCUCCUGAUCAGUAGCAAAACCCCGAAGUUUUAUUUAUGAGCUGUGUUUUGUUUUACUUUGAACAAGUGCCUUAGAAGAAGUAUUUUUCCUCCGUCUGAUGAUCAGUGCUGUAUCAAACAAGUGAGGCCUUCAUCCUUCCCCAGCAAAACACACUUCUUCACUGCUCUCUACUGGGUAGAGGCCAGCUGAAGAAGUCUGGUCCUUCUACUUUCAAGUGGUCUGGCUACAUUGUCUGGCAGCUGAUAUCUCUUCACUUACCACAGUGCCAUGAGAGAGGAGUGUUACGAAAAUAACUUAAUGGAGAAAAAGAGUUCAAAUGCUGGGCCCCAAACCAAUGCCUUCAUUUCCAAUUCAGUCCAAUUCACCCCAUCAACUUGCACAUAUAUAAGUGAGAAACCUUUCCAGCACCUUGGAUUUGCUUUUCCAGGGGCUCUUCAGAAAUAUCUGACACGUCCUGAUUUCAUGUUUUGCCUAGUAAAUAGUUUGGGUUGGGGAUGGAUUUUUCUUCCUCACUAACCGCAGAGCACCGAAGGUGUGAUGUGCAGUGAAGCUCAGUUUGCACAGCCCCUGCAAACACAUCCUGCUGGAGGCCAGGUGUUUGGGGAGAUAAGCAACAUCUGGAGAGGAGAUGAGCACGGACAGUGCCACAGCUGCUCCUCAGUGCGGUGGGAAUAGGAACAUUUGUCUAGUGUUUCAUGAAGAGCUCCAUCAGACAGUAAGG